AUGAAAGCGCCGUGGGAGCUUCUAUCUCUUCGCACUCAGUACUAUGAGACAGCUAUCAAAGCAAUGUUGACAUCUAUUGGAGUACCAUUAGAAAAGCUUCGUUUUGUAAAAGGAACGGAUUAUCAAUUAAGUAAAGAGUAUACAUUAGAUGUGUAUCGGUUGACAUCUGUUAUAACAGAGCAUGAUGCAAAAAAAGCUGGAGCGGAAGUAGUAAAACAAGUUGAACAUCCAUUGCUUAGUGGGCUCUUGUACCCCGGAUUACAAGCUUUAGAUGAAGAGUAUCUAAAAGUUGAUGCUCAGUUUGGUGGAGUUGAUCAAAGGAAAAUUUUUACCAUGGCUGAAAAGUAUUUACCUCAAUUAGGCUAUUCUAAGAGGAUUCACCUAAUGAAUCCUAUGGUUCCUGGUCUUACAGGAGGGAAAAUGUCUGCUUCUGAAGAAGAUAGUAAAAUUGAUUUACUUGAUAAUCCUGCUAAUGUUAAAAAGAAGUUAAAGAAGGCAUUUUGUGAACCUGGUAACAUAACUGAUAAUGGUGUGCUAUCUUUCACAAAACAUGUCAUUUUUCCGUUAAUGAAGCCUAAUGAGGCUUUUAAAGUUAGCCGUGCGAAAGAAUAUGGUGGGGAUAUAGAAUAUUUUAAAUUUGCCGAUUUAGAAGAAGCUUUUGCAAAGCAAGAUGUUCAUCCAGGCGACUUAAAGGCUUCUGUAGAACAAGCUAUAAAUAUGCUUCUAGCUCCGAUUCAGGAAAUAUUCAAAGAUUCUAAGCUUCAGGAAUUAGCAAAAAAAGCUUAUCCACCUUUACAAAAAGCUAAAGCCAUUCCUAAUGCAGGAAAUGAAGAUAUCACUCCAGUAAAGUUAGAUAUAAGAGUAGGGCGUAUUGUUGAAGUCACUCGGCAUCCUGAUGCAGACUCACUCUAUGUAGAAAAAAUCGAUGUUGGGGAAGAAGAGCCCAGGGUAGUUGUGUCAGGAUUGGUUAACUAUGUUCCAAUAGAAUGUAUGCAGAAUAAAGAGGUUGUUGUUUUGUGUAAUUUAAAACCAGCUAAAAUGCGAGGUAUUGAAUCAAAGGGCAUGGUACUUUGUGCAUCUAUUGAUGAUCCAAAACAAGUGGAACCAUUAUUGCCUCCAAUAGGUAGCAAGCCUGGAGAAAGAAUUGUAGUUGAAACUUAUGAGAUUGGUGAACCAGAUGAUGUUUUAAAUCCUAAGAAGAAAGUUUGGGAAAAACUACAAGCAGAUUUAAAAACAAACACUGAACUUGUUGCUGUUUGGCAGGGAAAUAAAUUAAUUGGUAAAAUCUGUGGAAAUGCUGUAACAACAGCGUCGCUGGUAAAUGCUCCUAUAAAAUGA